UAAACACAACGCCGGCAUAAUCGAAGAUUGCAGUAUGAGCGUCACGUUGCACACUGAUGUUGGGGACAUCAAGGUUGAGUUGUUUUGUGACGAUUGUCCCAAAACAUGUGAAAAUUUCCUAGCCUUAUGUGCCUGUGAUUACUACAAUGGAAAUUUGUUCCAUAGAAACAUCAAAGGCUUCAUCGUUCAAACAGGUGAUCCUACAGGAACAGGAAAGGGUGGUCAGUCCAUCUGGAAACGAAAGUUUGAAGAUGAAUUCAAAGAAAAUUUAAAGCACAAUGAAAGAGGCAUGGUAUCGAUGGCGAACAGUGGACCCAACACAAAUGGAAGUCAGUUCUUCUUUACGUAUGCGGCUCAACCUGCGUUGGAUCUGAAGUAUACAUUGUUCGGCAAAGUCAUAGAUGGAUUUGAGGCUUUAGACGAACUGGAAAAACUGACUGUAAAUCCCAAAACCUACCGACCUUUGGUGGAGAAGAAAAUCAACAGUGUCACAAUACAUGCGAAUCCAUUGGCUGGUUAA